AUGAAUCGCCUCUUCGGAACCAAGAGCGCGGCUCCUAAGCCUACCCUCGAUGGGGCAAUCAGCAAGGUUGACGACCGUGUCGCCAGUAUCGAUGUGAAGCUCUCCGCCCUUAACUCCGAACUCUCCACAUACCAAGCCAAACUUUCCAAAAUGCGAGACGGCCCCGGUAAAAACGCGCUCCGUCAAAAAGCCCUGAAAGUCCUACAGCGCCGCAAGCAAUACGAGGGCCAACGUGACCAACUCUCCCAGCAAUCAUGGAACAUGGAGCAAGCAGGCAUGAUGCAAGAUAACCUCAAGAACGUCAUGACCACCGUGGAUGCCAUGAAGACAACAACCAAGGAAUUAAAGAAGCAAUAUGGCAAGGUGGAUAUCGACCAGAUCGAGCGUAUGCAGGAUGAGAUGGCGGAUUUGAUGGAGGUGGGCAAUGAGAUUCAAGAUAGUAUUUCUCGGGCCUAUGAUUUGCCAGAAGAGAUCGAUGAGGCGGAUUUGGAUGCUGAGCUGGAGGCGCUUGGGGAGGAAUCGAUGUUUGAGACUGGGAUGGGAGAGGAUGCGAUGCCCAGUUUCUUACAGGAUGAGGUUGCGCCGCCGCAGUUUAUUGAUGAGCCUGUGGAGCAAGCGAAGCUUAAAGAGGCUGCUGGCGGUCUUGGAUAA